UUGGUCACUACUGACUACUGCUGCCACAUUAUUUUGCAGGAUAUCCUGCUGGGUCUGUCUCCCCCCACUCGACAAUAUUUGGUCGACUGUCUUGAGCAGGCCGACUGCUGAGAAGACGUCACUUCUGAAAAUCUCGAGUCUGGCGAGCAAUCGUCUGCUUUUCUAGUCCAACUCCCUUUUUUCCUUUUUCACUUGUCAUUUAGAAACGCGCCUUGCGCUUGCCAGGGUGGGGAUACGAGAUGGAUGUUGCUGGCCUCCGCAAUCGCAUUGAGUCUACGCUCAAUGCCAAUGCCGACGUGAGACGUCAAGCUGAGCUUGACUUGAAAUAUGCCGAAGAUAAACCUGGGUUUCUCGAUGCGCUCUUGGACAUUCUGCAGGCAGAGCAGGUCGAAGGCGUUCGUCUCUCAACUGUCGUAUAUCUGAAAAAUCGCGUGACAAGAGGCUGGUCCCCUCCCGAUGAGUAUUCGCAGCAUAAGCCGAUUGCAGAGGAAGAGAAGCUGCGAUUCCGCACGAGACUUUUGCCAGCGCUGGCUUCUGCUCAACCAAAAGUCCGCUCCCAACUCAUUCCAGUCCUUCAGAAGAUCCUUUCCUACGACUUUCCGCAAAAGUGGCCAGACUUUUUGGAUAUCACCAUUCAGCUUCUCACCACCAACGAUGCCAACUCAGUAUUUGCUGGUCUGCAAUGUCUGCUUGCCAUCUGCAAAGUGUAUAGAUUCAAGUCAGGAGAAGUCCGCACAGAUCUUGAUAAGAUCGUCGAGGUCUCGUUCCCGCAGCUCUUGAAUAUUGGUUCACGACUCGUCGAAGAGACUAGUCUCGAGGCCGGCGAGAUGUUGAGAGUUGUCAUGAAGACUUAUAAACAUGCCAUUUUCUUUGAGUUGCCGCCUCAUCUCCGCGAACAGCAGGCCAUGGUGGGCUGGUGCACGCUUUUCCUCCAGGUUGUCGGCAAGGAGCCUCCAGAGUGCUCAAUGCUCGAGGAUCUGGAUGAUCGUGAAGCAAAUCACUGGUGGAAGUGCAAGAAGUGGGCUUACGCCAAUCUCAAUAGACUUUUCGUCAGAUAUGGAAACCCUUCCGGCCUCUCUAAGAGCAAUGGCGAUGAAUACAGCCAGGUAGCCAAGACCUUUAUCACCAACUUUGCGCCCGAGAUCUUGAACGGUUACCUUCAACAAAUUGAAAAGUGGGUUGCCAAGACUACUUGGCUGAGCAAGCCUUGCUUGUUCUUCACCCUGACUUUCUUGGACGAAUGUGUCAAGCCAAAGGCAAUGUGGUCCCACCUUAAGCCUCAUCUUGAGACUCUUAUUGCGCACCUCGUCUUCCCCGUGCUCUGCCAGAGCGAUGAGGACAUUGAGCUUUUCGAGACCGACCCUCCAGAGUAUCUGCACCGCAAGCUCAACUACUAUGAAGAGAUUUCCUCGCCAGAUGUUGCUGCGACCAACUUCCUCGUCACUCUUGCCAAGAGCCGGAAAAACCACGUGUUUACGCUGCUCAAUUUCGUCAACGGAAUUGUGAACCGCUACGAAUCCGCUCCGGAUGACCAGAAGGACCCGCGCGAGAAGGAAGGCGCCUUGAGAAUGAUUGGCACCCUAGCUGGCGUUAUCCUUGGCAAGAAGAGCCCAAUUGCGGACCAGGUCGAGUACUUUUUUGUCCGUCACGUCUUCCCCGAGUUCCGGAGUCCUCACGGUUUCCUUCGAGCUCGCGCCUGCGACACGCUCGAAAAGUUUGAGCAGCUUGAUUUCAAGGAGCCCAACAACCUUCUCAUCAUCUACCGCAACAUGUUGGAAUCCAUGGCCGAUCCUGAGCUCCCGGUGCGCGUUGCUGCAGCACUCGCCCUUCAGACCCUCAUCAGACAUGAUGUGAUCCGGACAUCGAUGCAGCAGAACAUUCCCCAGAUUAUGCAGCAGCUUCUCAAACUGGCCAACGAGGUGGAUGUCGACUCGCUCGCUAACGUGAUGGAGCACUUUGUCGAAGUCUUCGCCACCGAGCUCACUCCAUUUGCCGUUGCGCUGAGCGAGCAGCUUCGCGAUACCUACCUUCGGAUCGUCCGCGAGCUCGUCGAGCGCAGCACUCAGAAAGACGACGAUGACGAUGAUGCCUAUGGAGAUUUCCUUGACGACAAGAGCAUCACCGCUCUCGGUGUAUUGCAGACCAUUGGCACUCUGAUUCUGACGCUCGAGAGCACACCCGAGGUCCUUCUUCACCUGGAGACUAUUUUGAUGCCCGUCAUCACGAUUACCCUCGAGAGCAAGCUCUACGAUCUUUACAACGAGGUAUUCGAGAUUAUUGACAGCUGCACUUUUGCUGCCAAGUCAAUUUCGCCCACCAUGUGGCAGGCUUUUGAGCUGAUCCAUAAGACUUUCAAGGCUGGAGCGGAGCUCUACCUCGAGGAUAUGCUCCCUGCUUUGGAGAACUUUGUCGCUUUCGGUGCGCCAAUGUUUGUUCAAAACCAGGCUUACCUGGAGGCUAUUGUUGGAAUGGUCCUUGAUAUCUUCCAUGACGAAAAGGUUGGCGGUGUGGACAGGAUCUGCGGCUGCAAACUUGCCGAGGCCUUGAUGCUGAACCUGCGCGGUCACAUUGAUCAAUAUGUCCCGACCUUUAUUGGUCUUGCCAUGAAUGUUCUCAUUGGCAAUGAGCCAAAGGUCAAGUCAUAUCGCAUCCACCUCAUGGAGAUGGUCAUCAAUGCUAUUUACUACAAUCCUCUCCUGGCGUUGAGCUUCUUGGAGUCAAACGGUUGGACCAACAAGUUCUUCAGCCUCUGGUUCUCGAACAUCGACAAUUUUACAAGAGUUCACGACAAGAAGUUGUCCAUCUCGGCAAUUGCAUCUUUGUUGACCCUCAGAGCCGAGGACGUCCCCGCCAGUGUGCAGCAGGGAUGGCCUCGAUUGCUGCAAGGUAUCGUCCGGCUCUUCCAGACUUUGCCUGCCGCCAUUCAAAACCGGGACGAUGUUACCAAGGAAGAGGACUUUAGCCUCGGUGACGACUACGACGAGGAUCCUGAAGAGGAUUGGGAAGAAGGCGCCGACUGGGCCGUCGAGGGCGAGGAGGUUGAGGAUGUUGCUGAUGACAGCGCUGCUUAUCUUGAGUUCUUGAACGAAGAGGCUCAGAAAUUCGGCUCUCUCGGCGAUGACGACGAUGACGAGCUCGAGGAGGAAGGCCUCCUCGAAACGCCUUUGGACAAGAUCGAGCCCUAUGGACUCUUCAAGACUGUCUUGCUGAGCCUUCAGCAAGAGCAGCCCCAACUAUACGAAAGCAUCACCAAGAACCUCAAUGUCGAAGAACAGAAUGUUCUUCAGGGCGUUGUGCACCAAGCAGACGUUAUUGCGACCAACCUUGCCUCUAUCAAUGGCGGAGUCCAAUAAGUUGUCGUGUGCAUUCGAUCUCCCUCAUAUGACCUCCAUAUACCUUUGAAAUUUUUUUUCCACUCUACCGUCCAAUCUUGAGGAAUAAGCAAGCUUGGAUUAUCCUCUGAUUUUCUCGCGCGGGUUCUUGGAACACCCUUUUGCUCGGGGGCACUUAGUCAAAUUAGCGCAUGAGUCUGUCGGCAUAGCAUUUGCUUCGUCGUUGGGAUGCGUAUUUUGAUUUCUUCUUUGUCGAUAUCGUUUCUCAGCACCGCCUUGACACCACUUUUCCCCCUGUUGUUCCUCCCCCCCCCCCCCCCCUUUUUUUUUUU